AUGGAGGACGAUUUCGAUAUGACGCCAGCGGAGGGACUCGAUGACGACAUGGAUCUGCCGGAGGGGAGCACCUACAUGAAGGUCGGAGAGGAGAAGGAGAUCGGCUCGCAGGGACUGAAGAAGAAGCUUGUUAAGGAAGGUGAAGGCUGGGAUACUCCGGAUAAUGGCGAUGAAGUAGAAGUUCACUACACUGGGACGCUGCUGGAUGGGACAAAGUUCGACUCCAGCCGAGAUCGGGGGGCACCUUUCACUUUCACUCUCGGUCAAGGCCAAGUCAUCAAGGGAUGGGAUCAAGGUAUUAAGACAAUGAAGAAGGGUGAAAAGGCCAUCUUUACCAUACCACCAGAGUUGGCCUAUGGCGAAUCAGGCUCACCCCCUACCAUCCCUGCAAAUGCGACUUUGCAGUUUGAUGUUGAGUUACUGUCCUGGGUCAGUGUCAAGGAUAUCUGCAAGGAUGGUGGCAUAUUCAAGAAGAUUGUCAAAGAGGGAGAAAAGUGGGAGAACCCCAAGGAUGAUGAUGAAGUGCUUGUCAACUAUGAAGCGAAACUGGAAGAUGACACUGUUAUAUACAAAGCGGAUGGUGUUGAGUUCACUGUUCGGGAAGGUCAUUUUUGUCCGGCUAUAACCAAGGCUGUGAAAACAAUGAAGAAAGGUGAAAAGGUUCUUCUUUCCGUCAAACCGCAAUAUGGGUUCGGUGAGAAAGGAAAACCAGCCUCAGGUGACGAAGUUGCAGUUCCGCCCAAUGCUAACUUGAACAUAAUUAUGGAGUUGGUGUCCUGGAAGACAGUUUCUAGUGUAACAGAUGACAAGAAAGUAAUGAAGAAAAUACUGAAAGAGGGGGAGGGUUAUGAGCGCCCAAAUGAAGGAGCGGUUGUCAAAUUAAAACUGACAGGAAAGCUGCACGAUGGAACAGUAUUUGUUAGGAAAGGCCACGGGGAAGAUGAAAGUGAUCUUUUUGAGUUCAAGACUGAUGAAGAGCAAGUAAUUGAGGGAUUGGACAGGGCUGUCAUUACAAUGAAAAAGGGAGAGGUAGCGCUCUUGACUAUUGCCCCCGAGUACGCAAUUGGUUCUUUUGAAUCAAAACAAGAGUUGGCAACAGUUCCUGCAAACUCGACUUUGUACUAUGAAGUUGAGCUUGUUUCAUUUGUUAAGGAAAAGGAGUCGUGGGAUAUGAACACUGAAGAAAAAAUUGAGGCAGCUGGUAAGAAGAAGGAAGAAGGGAAUGCUCUGUUUAAAGCUGGGAAAUAUGUUAGAGCUUCAAAAAGAUACGAGAAGGCUGCCAAAUAUAUUGAGUACGACACUUCAUUUAGUGAGGAGGAGAAGAAACGCUCCAAGGUCCUGAAAGUGACCUGCAACUUAAACAAUGCUGCUUGCAAGUUGAAAUUGAAAGACUACAAGAAUGCAGAGAAGCUGUGCACCAAGGUCUUGGAGCUUGAGAGCACGAAUGUGAAGGCACUGUACAGAAGAGCUCAAGCAUACAUGAACAUGGCAGAUUUGGAUUUGGCUGAACUGGACAUUAAGAAAGCUCUUGAAAUUGACCCCGAUAACAGGGAUGUGAAGCUUGAACAUAAAGCACUGAAGGAAAAGGUCAAGGAGUUCAAUAAGAAGGAUGCCAAGUUUUAUGGCAAUAUGUUUGCCAAACUGAACAAGCUGCAGCCAUUUGAUGCUAAUAAUGCGUCACCUAAGGAGGGCGAGCCUAUGAGCAUUGACAGCAAGGCAUAG